GCAAGCUCAAUGAUUUCUCCAUAGAGCCGCCGGGAUGUCUACCGCGACGUCGAGCUCGACGGCCAUGGAAGGAGGGUCGUCGCCUCCGUUCGGAAGCGCGCUAGAUUCACUCUCUCUGUCUCUCACUCUCGUAACGGUAGAGCGGCCGGAUCGAUCGGGCCUCGAAUUCCUUCCUAAUCCCGCAGCAGAAAAGUCAGCUGACAGAGACGUCGCACUAAUGAUGGUUCUUGACUCUUUCCCUCCCUCUCCCCACACUUUCUCCACUCUGCACGAAGCCCGAGCCGGUCUCGGUCCUCGUUUCCCUGUUUUUCUAUGGAGAAAAAGUAGCUUUUUCCCACCCAUUUCCCACACUUCUCCUCUGCCUCCUCCGUUUUCUCUGCUGAUCACUUUCUUGGAGCUCCUUGCUGAGGCCAAACCCAGUGCCGAGGACCCUAGAGAGAGAGAGAGAGAGAGAGAGUAGAGUAGAGUAGAGGAAGUAGUGAGUAAUGUCUCUGAGUCCAUCCGGUGCGACGCGCAAGAACGGGUAUAAGAAAGGCUUGAGCGGAGAGGAUGCGAGGAUAAAGAGAGAGGAGGAGCUGGUGCAAAUCAGGAAGGACAAGAGGUCAGAAGGUCUCAAGAAGCGACGUAAUGUGUCAAUCCACAGGGCGAACCUUCGGUAUCUUCAACCCAAGUUGGAACAUCUUCCGCUGAUGGUUCAAGCAGUGUUAUCGGAUGAUUCUUCCUGGUAUUUAGCAGCAACCACGCUGAUCAGGAAGUUAUUAUCAACUGGUGAGAGCCCUCUGAUCGACGAGGUUGUCAGAGCAGGAGUCGUCCAUCGACUCGUGGAGUUCCUUGAUGCGGAUGCUUUUCCUCUACUGCAAACCGAGGCUGCGUGGGCGUUGGUCAAUAUAGCUUCUGGGACACCAGUUCACACACGACUCAUCAUCGAACUCGGAUCUAUCCCUAAAUUUGUGCAACUUCUUCGCUCUUUGGUUGCUGAUGUUCAAGAACAGGCUGUCUGGGCACUGGCAAAUAUUGCCGGUGACUCGCCAAAUUGCAGGGAUCAUGUAUUAAGUGGAGGCGCUUUAGUCCCACUAUUGGCUCAAUUGGAUGGACAACCAGAAUUGACCCUGAUGAGAAGCAUUGCUUGGACUUUAUCCAACUUAUACAGAUGGAAGCCUCUCCCUCCAUUUGAACAGGUUAAGCCAGCCUUGCCUGCCCUCAGGCGCCUCAUUAAAUCAGAAGACGAAGCAGUAUUGAUUGACACGUGCUGGGCUCUGUCUUUUAUUUGUGAUGGCUCAAAUCAUAAUAUCCAGUCUGUGCUGGACGCAGGAUUUUGUCCACGGCUUGUAGAACUUCUCGUGCAUCCAUCACCUAAUGUCCAGGUACCGACUCUUAAGACUGUGGGGAACAUUGUGUCAGGCAACGAGGAUCAGACUCAGUUCGUAAUUGAGAAGCAAGGACUGCCUCCUCUAUAUCAAAUUCUGACAGAAAAUUGGGAUAGGAGUGUCAAGGAAGAAGCUUGUUGGGUAAUUACAAAUAUUACAGCGGGUAACAGAAAUCAAAUUCAGGCUGUGAUUAAAGCAAACAUUAUUCCUCCUGUUGUGAGCCUUCUUCAGCAUGCCGAAUUCAAAAUUAAGAAAGAGGCUGCAUGGGCUAUUUCGUAUGCUGUCUCUGGCGGGUCCCAUGAACAAAUUGAUUGUUUUUUCAGAUACUUGGUGAGCCAGGGUUGUAUCAAGCCGCUCUGCGAUUUCCUUACUUGCUCCGACCCUGAGAUCAUAACAGUGUGCCUAGAUGGUGUGGAAAGCAUUCUGGAGAGCGGUGAAGGGAACAAAGAACCAGGUUUUCACCGAGUCAAUAAAUAUUUGCACAUGAUUGAUGAAUGUGAGGGGUUCAACAAAAUCGUGGACCUCCAGACUCACAUGAACAGUGAGGUCAACAAAAAAGCCUCGGAUAUGUUGGAUAAGUAUUGGAGCGAGAAGGAAAAUAAAGAAGAAGAAGAAGAAGAAUUACAUAGCUUUGAUUCUGGAGCUGACAUGAAAUUAGAUAUCGGAAGACUCAGUCUCUCCUGAUCGGUACUUCUGUUGUGAAAAGCUUUUUGUUUUUUGGCCAUGAAGAGACGCAUGAGAUGCAUCUAGUUGCAAGGUUUGGUGCAACAUCACGUCUAGGAGGAAUACCAGAGGGAACAUAUAAAUUGUGGGCGAGGCAAAUACUCCUUGAAGCAUGUAGUCUGUAUAACACUAUCCGUUGUAACAAGCAAACCUUUCAAUGCUUUACCAGCUAGUCAUGGAUGGCCAUCCUGAUACUAACCUUCCUCCAUCAAGAGAAAUUAAUCCUCCUAGAGCAUUGUCAGAUGACUAGAGCAUUGAGAUCUUUGAGAACCAGAUGACAUGACGAGUGGCUUCUUGCCUGCUAUUUUCUUUGGUUAAGAUGCUUAUAGGAUGUUUUUUUGAGGAGGACUAGUUUCUCUUGGCUGAUGAUUUGUAACUAUUUGGAUGGCAUCCAUUAACUAGCAUGACAUAUUCGAUGUUACUUACGGACAGUGUUAUACAUGAAUUACACGUGUUUGUAACGGGGAAUAUACUAUUCAUAGUUUUUUUGUCAAUUGGUUCCUGUGUGUACUAAUGUUGCUGUGGAAACACUUUGGUAUGCGCGUUUGUAAAUGUAUAAAUAUGGGAAUUUCAGUUCGA